GGCAAAUUCUAAGCGCAGUUCACCUCCCAGCUUCGAAUAACUGGGAAGAUGGGUCUAAGAGAGAAGGGCUGGCCGCAUUGCAUGUUGGGAGGUGUAGUAUUCCUCAGAGCGCGCGGCCCGCCGGGAGGUGUAGUUGCGGUUCUGAAGCCCUUUGGCCAAAAUGUACUUGGAUUCUCUAAAAUAUUUGAUUUCACUUGAGGUAUUUGGUAGAGAAUUUCUGAUGCAAAUAUACUGUUUGAUUCAGCAAAAGUGAUUAUUGAAGAAAUUACCUUUAGAAUCUUCAGGGAGUUCUACAAAAGACACCCUUAUUGUGUGAUUAACAGCUAAAAAUUUAUUUGCACAAUGGACAAUGCAAAAGAGAAUAACAAUGACAAAGAUGGGCUACUGCUUAGAAUGGGACUCAAUGAUAACAAAGCAGGAAUGGAAGGAUUAGAUAAAGAGAAAAUAAAUAAAAUUAUCAUGGAAGCCACCAAGGGGUCUAGAUUUUAUGAAAAUGAGCUCAAAAAGGAAAAGCAAGUAAAUCAACGAAUUGAAAAUAUGAUGCAACAAAAAUCUCAAAUUACCACCCAGCAGCUAUGGAAAGCACAAUUACAGAUAAGUAAGUUCACUCUGCAAUGGAGUUGGAAACAGAGCCGUAACCUGCAUUGCACUAUAAUACACAUUGAAAUGGAUGCUUUCUAUGCAGCAGUAGAAAUGAGAGACAAUCCAGAACUGAGGGAUAAACCUAUUGCAGUAGGAUCAAUGAGUAUGUUGUCCACUUCAAAUUAUCAUGCCAGAAGGUUUGGAGUACGGGCAGCUAUGCCUGGAUUUAUUGCUAAGAGACUCUGUCCACAGUUAACUAUAGUGCCCCCGAAUUUUGACAAAUAUCGAGAAGUGAGUAAAGAGAGAGAAAUUCUUGCUGACUAUGAUCCCAAUUUUAUGGCCAUGAGCCUUGAUGAAGCGUAUCUGAAUAUAACAACACACUAGGAAAGACAAAACUCUGAGGAUAAAAGAAGAUAUUUCAUCAAAACAGGAAACCCUACAGAAAAUGAUAAACCAGAAACUGUCAUAUCAAGGGCACCAGAGUUAAACGAAGCUUCCCUAUCCAUCUCUCCUUUACUCUUUGAAGAUAGCCCUCCCCAACCACAACAACAAGAGCCAGAAGUUCCUUCCCAGGUGCACUAUGAAGAACAGAAAGAUCCUCAAGUCCUCCAAAAUUCAGUUAUUUUUGGAAUUUCAGCUGAGGAAGUUGUAAAGGAAAUUAGAUUCAGAAUCGAACAAAAAACAUCACUGACAGCCAGCGCAGGCAUUGCUCCAAAUACAAUGUUAGCAAAAGUAUGUAGUGAUAAAAAUAAACCAAAUGGACAAUACCAAAUUCCCCCUAACAGACAAGCUGUGAUGGACUUCAUCAAGGAUUUACCCAUUAGAAAGGUUCCAGGAAUAGGAAAAGUAACAGAGAAAAUGUUAAAAGCACUUGGAAUUAUCACUUGCUCAGACCUUUACCAGAAGAGGGCCCUACUUUCUCUUCUUUUUUCUGAAACAUCUUGGCACAGCUUCCUUCAUAUCUCCCUUGGUCUGGGUUCGACACAGAUGGAAAGGGAUGGAGAGAGGAAAAGUAUGAGCAUUGAAAGAACAUUCAGUGAGAUAAGUAAAGCAGAGGAACUGUAUAGCUUGUGCCAAGAACUUUGUAGUGAUCUUGCUCAGGAUCUACAGAAAGCAGGACUUAAGGGCAGAACAGUUACUAUUAAGCUGAAGAAUGUGAAUUUUGAAGUAAAAACUCGAGCAUCUACUGUAGCAGCUGUUGUUUCUACUGCAGAAGAAAUAUUUGCUGUUGCAAAGGAAUUGCUAAAAGCAGAAAUUGAUGCUGAUUACCCACAGCCCUUACGACUAAGGCUUAUGGGUGUACGGAUAUCAGGCUUUUCCAAUGAAGAAGACAGGAAGCACCGACAAAGAAGCAUCAUUAGCUUCUUAAAAGCAGGAAGCCAUGCCCUAGAUCCAGUUGGCUCUGUGUUGGAGAAAAAUGACCAAGAUCAAGUUGUGAAACCUCCAGAAGCAUCUUACAAGGAGAGUUUCUUCACUAAAAAGCGGUCAGAAAUGAGUUGGAACUACCAAGACACUUUUAAAUGUGAGCCUGACACUAAACAAGGCCUCCAAGUUUCAGAGCCACCUAGUCCUUUAAAGGAAGAAAUGAAAGAGAAUUUGGAAAAAUCAGAAAAUGUAGAUGACUGUCAGAGCUUCACCUGUCCUAUUUGUUUUAAGGAACAAGGAAGAAUAUGUUUGGAAGCACUUAACAAGCAUGUGGAUGAGUGUCUCAGUAGGACACUAGUAGACUGUAACCCCAAAAUGAUGGCUGUCUCACAAUCACAUUCUUUUUGUUCAGAAGUAAAUCCAAAUUUAAAAACCCAUGAAACUAUAGAAAGCCCGUUAGUAGAUUUUGUGCCUUCAGUAAAUGUAGAUGUGCUUUCUAAAGGAAAAAGUACAAAGGCUUUAAACACAAGAGCAGGAUUUGAGCAAAGCCAAAAGCAGUAUUCUAGCCUCUGGAGCAAGUCUUCUCUUGAUGAAUAUUGUUAUCAGAAUUCACUCCAUGAAAAUGAAGGAAAUGAUGCCACAUCUUCGGGCGGGCAAACAGACCUCCAGACCUCUUUACCAAGGGAUAAAACGUUGGUGUGUCCUGUUUGCAACUUGGAGCAAAAGACUUCUGAUCUGAUACUCUUCAAUAGUCACGUAGAUAUUUGCUUAAAUAAAGGUCUUAUCCAGGAACUAAGGAAGGACGAAGUUAGCCCAGUUAUGGAUUGUCCAACAGAAAAUUCUAAAAGUACCAGGAGCUCAGGCAAAAUACAGAAGACUGUGAAUGUCAUAGCAAAAACAAAAAGGCCAGGAUUGAUGACCCAGAAUUCAACAUCAAAGAAAACCAAACCAAACAGUUCCAAAUACACAAUUGAUAGCUUUUUUAAGUGAACAGUAAGAAUUUUUUUAUUAGAAGAGGUCAUUUCUUAACUGUAAAUAUUAUAAAUUCUUAUUUUAAAAUUACAGAUUGAUUCAAUCAAUGUAAAUGACUUGAUGCUAGGAUAUUCUGGUAUUGCUGUCAAUAAUGUUAUGGUUAUAAAUUUGUUUUGGCAGGAACCAAAAGAAUGUGUUUAUUUGUUUAGGUUACAUAAAGAAAAUUCACAUUAAUUGUGCCUAUGGGCCUAUUAAGAAUCAAAAAGCUGCUUACUUAUCUUGCUUAUUAUUAGCCUUUUUAAAACAUCUUCCAUACUUGAGAAUAGUGAGGACAUUGUCAAAUGAGGACAAUGAGGACAUUUGACAAUGAAAGAUGCCCCCUGCAAGCACUUAGUUCACUUUUUAAAUAUUUAAUCCUAAAUUUGGAAAUAGUUGUAUUCCCUUACUUACAUAGCAGAUCAGAAAAGCAAUAUCUUAUUUUAUCACAUAUGACUUUAUUUAAAAAUUCACUUAAAAAUUUUUUUUAAAAACUGAGUUUCCCUUUCUUGCUUUAGAUAGAAGCAGAGGGGCUAUUCACAGGCCUAAUCCCACUACUGAUUGGCAUGGGAGCUGUGAUCUGCUUUGUUUGUGACACAGGCCAGUUUGAGCCUCCUUAUGCAAUCUGGUCUUGUGACUAUCUGGCCCUUCCUCACCACCAUCCCCUUCCAGGAGCUCAUGAUAUUGAUGUUGGACUUGGUAUGAACAUUUGAUUGACUCAGCCCACUGCAGCUCAGUACUCCACUCCAAAGCUGAAGGGAUCCAUCACCAUCUGUAUCCCCAAUACCUGGGAUUACAAGCAUGUACCCUGGCUACUUUUUUUUUUUUUUGGUGGGGCAGUGAGGGUUAAGUGACUUGCCCAAGGUCACACAGCUAGUAAGUGUCAAGUAUCUGAGGCCAGAUCUGAACUCAGGUCCUUCUGAAUCCAGGGCUGGUGCUCUGUGCCACCUAGCUGCCCCCUCACCCUGGCUACUUUUAAUGAGAAAUACUUAAUAUAAAAUGUACAAUUGUAAAGCUUAUUAUAUGUUUUAAAGCUCAGAAUUAUAUAAGGUUUUAGUUAAAUAUUUUAUUAAUAUUUAUAAAGAAACUAAUUAUGGUAUCUAAUAAAUUAAUAAUUAAGGAUAUUUUAUUGUUUAAAGAAGAAAAAAGUUAAUUGUUUUGCAUUUUUGUAUUAUUAAAAAAAUUCAGUCUUUGUUAGGGUUUAUCAAACUAAAUAGUUUUUACUCUUUGCUAUUUUGGGUAAUUUUUUCCCCAGGUUUUACCUGUACAUAUUUGAAUUAAAUAGGUUUUUUAGGUUUUUAGGAAUAACUUAUAUUGAGAUCCUAAACGUAACCUGUGAACAAAAGCAGCAAACUUUCACCUCACUAUAAAUUGAAAUAUGCAACUAUUAGGCUAAAUAUUUGUUAACAUUUGUUUGGGUCGUCUUGACUUUUUAACUUUGAAAGUGCCUCACAGCAUCUGUUGAAAUAAACUUACAAAACAAUAUGAUUUAUGCAAAACUCAAGACAGUUUAUGUAAUGUUGCACUGCUGUCAUGCUCUAUUCAAUGAUUUUUCAUUACCUUUUCCUCAGAUGAGCUAUUUUUGUCAAUGACAGGAAGCCUUCUCUUGAAUGUAGGAUGGUGUUGCUAUUACUCAAGAUCAAUAGCAUCAUGAUGACAACAUCAUCAUGAAGCUAGAGAGCUAGCCUCAAAGCCAGCAAGACCUUUAUAAUCCUGAAAAAAGUCACUUAACUUCUCAAUACUCUGGACAACUCUCUAAGAGUGUAGAGAAAGUGCCAGCUUGCAUUGGUAGAUAGAAUUUCCUCACCUGGGAAAUCCCUUUAUCAGUGAAAUCACAGGUCUAGUCUCUAUACUUAUUAUCACAGAAAGUCUAUUAUCUCAAAAUUAUUACUGGAAUAUCUGGUAUUCUUAUAAAAAUUCUAGGAAACCUGGACACUUCUGGGAUAAAUGGCGAUUUAAAGGAAAAAAAAAAUCCAUCUUCUAGGAAAACCCCAAGAACAAAGAACUAAUGUCUUAAUAAAGUGAAAGUGAAAUACAAUUACUGUUCCAUGUCCCCUUUUAUCUGUGCUAUCACUUUCUGAGACUGGGCAAAAGGAAAAAGAAAGUGCCCUUCAGAAUGAUUGUGUGGGAGUUCUAUUUUUUUGGACCUAUUCCUGUACUGGUACAUGUCAUGGUGGGGUCAUAGCUUUAAUGCAUGAUCUUUGUCACAUGAUCUGUAUUUUCCAUAUUUUCUGUGUUUUUACAGUAAACUACAAUUGCCUGAACAUUGAAUCCUGUUAUUUGUUUUCAGUAGCUGAAAUUCCUGGCCCUUAUGUUAGUUGAUUCUUGAAAUUUAUCUGAACAUUGUA